UCCGCGGUUCACGGUUCACGAUAUCCGGGCUUUGCCGCCGCGAUUGCGUGUUUUUUUGUACGCGUCCCGGGUCGGACAGCCGCACGCGGGGAUAAAAAACGGGGGGGUUGGCGCGAGCGCUCCCCAACGAAAUAGCCGAAGAAAAGUUGCGGUAUUAUUAUACCGCGAAUUCUCUCUAAGUGAGGAUUCGCUCGUCAACGAGAGAGAGAGAGAAAGAGAGACGGACAGCGCGGGAUAGGGGGAGGAAAAAAUCCAGCGAGGGAAGACGGCGAGGCGUCAUUUUCCGCGCGUUCGCGUCCCGUCUCGCAUAAUAAUCAAUCGCUCGCGAAUUAUGGCGCGGUCCGCGAGCGCUCGAGUCGCGCCGCGGAUUUCGAAAUUAGGGUUAGGGGACUAUGCUUCGCGCGAGUGAGUGUAUUAUGAAUGAUCAUCUCGAGGAUAAGAACGGUGCUUGGUGGAGAUGAUCGACUCGACGAUCGCCAUAUAAGCAGAAUCGAUCGAUCGAAACGCCGGAAGGAGAGCGAGAUGUCGUCGUCGUCGUCGUCGUCGAUCGGCGCGUGAUCAUCCUUUGCUCCGCGAAGAGAGCGAAAUCUCGGCGAACAACUACCACUUCUGCGUGUGGAGGGAGGAAGGCUGCGUGCUCCGUCAGAAGACACCACGCCGUCACUUUCCACAGCACAGGAAACAAGAGUGCGAGCGGACGCGCGACACGCGGCCGCGUGCGCGCGGGCUCGCGAAAACCCAAACACAUUCCGCGGGAAGAUUAAAUUCGUACGUGCGAUAUCUAGUCAUCUCCGGGGGAGUGAAUUUCGCCGGCGACCUCGAAGAGGAACGCUCCGCGAAAUUGUGCUGCGAAAAAAGGUAAACACCAAAUCGACGAGUGAGACGGGAACAAUCUUGACGCAAGGUCGAGCCGGCUCGACGCCCCGUGUUUACGUUUAAUAUAUAUAUCGCGCGAGGGACGCUCGAGAAGAAGACGACGCAGUGCGGUGUCGGACGUGUUCACGCUCGGACGAGCAGCAGCGAGCGAGCGAGUCGAGCGACGUCGAUGACCGGCCGACGAGGACGAUCUCGGCUCCGACGAGGAACGCGCGGCACGCGACUUCCGUUCGCGGCGUGAUCGAAGAGAGAGAAAGAGUGCGGUGUCUCGAGACUAUAUAUCGUUCGUGUGUCACGAACGUCAUGUGAUCGUCCUCGGCAAUCCGCGCGCGAUUUCUUCCCUCGAUAGCUCCGUUCUCGAAACGGAGAACCGCGUCGAUCCUCAGUGCGCGAGCGCGAGAUAUCGCGACUCUAACAUCGCGGCCUCGUUCCCGGUGCAGUGAUAUCGUCGCCGGCGAGGUGCGUCGCACAUCGGACGUACAUUGUCGGGGAAAAAAGGAGGAGGAAGAGGGAAAUAAAUAUAUAUAUAUAUAUAUAUAGAAGAAACGUGACGUGUUCGAAAGUGUUUCCGUUCGGAACUCGGGACGACACGAGAGUUUUGUGAGAAGACUUUCACGGAAAAUAGUGUAUUCUUCUUCAAGAUUAACUCAUGUAUCCCUGGUACCGGGACAGCGUCGCGGCCGCCGCGGCAGCUGGCCUUGGCGGUCCUGUCGGCGUAGUGGGUUCGGGAUUCUGUUCGACCGGGCCUGGCCAGGGUGCCACCACCAUCAAGACCGAGAGUGGAUACUCCGACUGCAUGCUCGCCCUCGAUUACGUCCAGAGCAAGAAGAACUCGUUCGCAUGGUCGGAGGGUGGCGAAGAAGGUGGUGGUGGUGGCGGCGGAGGCGGCGGAGGAACGGGUGGGACCGGAACAGGUGGCACGGGCCCAGCGACCACCGGUAGUGGCGGACUGGCCCACUGGGUUAGUGUCAUGGCGGAGCACAUUCACAAUCCGCACUCGGCCACGGGCGUCGGUGUUCACCAUCAACAACAAUCCCCACCUCAACCGCCUUAUCCGUGGAACAAUGGCCUUUCCAGUGACCAAUGCGCCCCGCACGACAAGGAAAGCGACUAUUGGGGAGGCAGCCGAGGCGCGAAACAAGGUUACGAGCACUUUCUGUUGCAGGCGAAAAUGAACGCGGAUCACGGUCAGCUGCAGAAAGGUGACGAGCAGUAUCGAGGCGCCGGAGGUUCGAGCAGCGGAAGUCCACCCGCAAGUCUCCUGGUGGUUCCUCAACCUCUCACCGUCAAACCCUCCCAUCCGUCGCAUCUGAAUUCUCAUCUCGGCGGACCGCACUCGCAUCCGCCGAGGAAGUACCAAUGCAAGAUGUGUCCGCAGAUAUUCGGUAGCAAGGCGGACCUGCAGCUCCAUACGCAGAUCCACAUGCGCGAGGCGAAGCCGUACAAGUGCACGCAGUGCUCGAAGGCGUUCGCCAACUCCUCGUACCUGUCCCAGCAUACGAGGAUCCACCUGGGUAUUAAGCCGUACCGUUGCGAGAUCUGCCAACGGAAGUUCACCCAGCUGAGUCACCUACAGCAGCACAUUCGCACGCACACCGGCGACAAGCCGUACAAGUGUCGGCAUCCGGGCUGCACGAAAGCGUUCAGCCAAUUGAGCAAUCUACAGAGCCACUCGCGAUGCCACCAAACCGACAAGCCGUACAAGUGUAACUCCUGCUACAAGUGCUUCUCCGACGAGCCGAGCCUGCUCGAGCACAUACCGAAGCACAAGGAGUCGAAGCACCUGAAAACGCACAUCUGCCAGUACUGCGGCAAGAGUUACACCCAGGAGACCUAUUUAGCGAAGCACAUGCAGAAGCACGCGGAAAGAACGGACAAGAGACCGCCGAUCAUCGGUACGGGCCUCAGGCCGUCGAUACACGCGAUGACCCAUCAUCAGGACCAUUAUUGGCCCAAGGUAAGCCCGGAUUCGGUGAUCGGCGACCUGCACGAGAGGCUGCCGCAUCAUCACGCGGAGUACCAUCAGAAUCAGAAUCCGGAGAUGCUGCUACCAGGACACGGACAUCGCACCGCCGAGUCCAUCGAGAAUGACUCGAGGCAACAGACGCCCCAACCGGGGGCGAAUCAUCAUCCCAAUAGUAGUUCGGCCUUCACGCCGAUCUCCUCGAUCUCGAUCAACUCGAUCUCCUCGAUGCAGCACUCGUUGAACCCGCUGAAUCAUCUCCACUAUCCCAGUCAUCACCCGGCCUCCCGGCCGUAUCUCUACGAGGCGUUUAACACGACGCAGAAGUCGUCGCCGACGUCCUCGGCAUCCGGGGUCACGCCCGGCACCACCAGCAACCAAAACGCCACGUCUUUCCCGAAUCAGCUCAUCAGUCUCCACCAGAUCAGGAACUACGCUCAUCAGCCGAACCUCGGCAAUCUGGGCAAUCUGGGGAAUCUGGGGAACUUGAGCAAUCUCAGCAAUCUCAGUGCCACGAUGGAGAGCCACGCGCUGUUGGGCGGUCUCAAAGAGAAGCAGUAACUCUGACUGGGUCUUGGAGAUUAACUUCAGGAAGCACUCGCGAGCUCUCUUCAUCACACGGUUCUUUAAUUCCUUUUUUUCUUCUCUAUAUACUUUCCGUGACAAGGCACGUCUUGCGACUUGAGCCCUUCAAGCUUCAUCAGCCCGGCUCGAUCGUCUUCUUCUCUCCGUGAUCUCUUUAUAACCCGUCUAAGUUAUUUUUCACGCUGGUGUAUACGCAAAAUCACUCCGAAAACUAAACUUUCCCUCGAGAUGUUUCACUUCGGUGUUUAACUGCAUUAUGCAUUCCUAUUGCGUAGGUAUGUAUGCAUGUAAGAACAGUAGCGCGUCUCAUCGUAAUCUUUUAAUAGAUUAAUAUGUACGAUGAUAAUCGGUAAGCCGGAAAAACGGACAAGAGAUGGUCGGAAAUCAUUUUCGACAACCUAUACAAGACUAUUACUCUCUUUCCUUUCUACCUUUCUCUUCCUCUUUUUUUACCUUUUUUGCUUAUUUUUAAAGGUCUUAUCUAGAAGAUAUUUCGAUUUCGCGUGUACGACUCGAUUGAGGAAUGCGCUUGCGCGUUAUGUGUUAUUAUUUUACGUAUGUGUAUCAAAUAUAUAUACGUAUCUUUUAUUCAAAUAUAUCAACACGCAUAAGCACGAUGAUCUAAUUUGGAAACCAGUCAUUGCAUGCAGAGCAAAGACAUUAAUUCGGAUUGAAACUAUUCUCUUAGUUCCGAUUGCCAAUUAAUACCGCGUUCUCGAAUUAGUAUCAUCGUUCUCGAAUCGAUUCGUGAAAUCGAUCACGAUUCUAAUAAAUUCUACAGUUUUUCGUAAAAAAAAAAAAAAUCAUUAUGUAUAAUUUUCUUUUUGUGUAACUGCAUCUUACUAUCCUGAUUGUUAAUAAAAAAAUGGAAAGACGUUUGAAAUAUUUA